AUGAAUUCAGAAAAUGAACAACAGCAAGAACAGAUUUCGCAAGAUUCUAAACAAUUUGAAGAAAAUCUUGCAAAACAAAAUAGCAACAAUGAUGAUAACGACAAGUUGGAGAAUUCUAACAUCACCACAACUAGUACUACAUCUAAAUUACCAUCACCACCAGAAAAACCACAACAGAAACCACUAAUAUUACAGCAACAGCAACCACCGCCACCAUUACAAUAUACAAAACCAGAUUGGAGCGGAUUGCCAAAAGAUGAUUAUUCAUUUGAAGUAAUUAAGAAUGGAAUAAGUUUAGAAAUUAUCGAUUUUCCAAAAUCAAAAGAAUUUCUUGCAAUUGGGCGAUUACCGACUUGUGAUAUUCCAAUGGAACAUCUUUCAAUAUCCAGAUACCAUGCCGUGCUUCAAUUCAAUAACAAAGGAGAACUUUUAAUAUAUGAUUUGGAAAGCGCACAUGGCACAAUUUUGAAUAAACGAUUGUUACCGUCAAAAUCAUACACGAAACUUUGUGUUGGUGAUCAAUUAAAAUUUGGUCAAAUUAUACCAAAAUCAACAUUAUUACCUAAAACUAUGGAUACUGGAGUUACUUGGGGUUUUGGAGAAGAUGCAGAAGAUGAAGGCGAAGUUAUAAUGGCAAACGCUAAAAAUUCAUGGAUAAAGAAUGAAAAUGCGUAUUAUUACAAAGAUCCAAAAAAAGCUAUAAGAAACUGGUUAGAGAAUCGAGGUUAUGAUUUAGAAUUUGAAAGUGAACAAGAAGGAACUAAAAAUAAUGCGAAAACUUACUCAGUUCGUGUACGACUACCUGAUGUUGAAGAUGAAUUUGGACCAGUUUAUGGAAUAGGUUCUAAUAUUAAAAAAAGAGAAGCAGAAAGACUAGCAGCAAUUGAUGCAUGUGAAAAAUUAGAUAUGUUGGGGAUUUUACGUGGUAGCCAAGAUGAAGCAGCGUUGAGAAAACAAAGACUUAAACGAUUAUUAGAUGAUGGCAACGAUGAUGAUAUUGAUAGUUUUUAUGAUAGAACUGAUCAAGCUGAAAGAAGCAAAGCAAAAAAAUUAAAACAACCACAACCACCUAAAAAAGUCGAGACAUUUGAGUCAUUGACAGAACAAUAUGAAGAGAUUACAUUGAAAAUUAAAGAAUUACAAAAUAAAAUUUCUUUAGCUUCUAAAAAAGUAAAAACAGAUGGAAAUGAUAACGGUGUUGAUGAUGAUUUAGAUUCAUAUAUGAAUUCAAUUAAUGAUGAUCUUGAAAUUGAAUCAAAGACUGAAUUAGAAAAUUCAUUAAAUGAAAAUCAAGAUAAAUCAUCAGUGAUACAAGCUUCAAAUAAUGAGGAUGAUGUGCCAAUAGAAAAUAAUGCAACGGAAUUAGCAACAGCAGAAGAAACUUCGACAAACAAUAAAAAAACUAAAAAAAUUAAAUUUAAAGCGAAUGUUCCAAUGACAUUAGAACAGCAUCAAGAACAAUUAAAAAUUUAUGAAGAUAAUAAUGAACUUGAAUUGGAAGAUGCGACUACUUGGGAACCACCUAAUGAUCAAUUAGGCAUCUAUUAUUUAUAUUUAUGUGAUGGAAAAACUUUUUUGAAUGAAAAAUUUGGAUAUUGA